AUGGCGCCGUUUCAGAUGGGUGAAGACCGAGGCGACGGCUCUUCGGCUGGUCCUCCACCCUUCGGAACCGUGCCACCACAGCAAUCUUCUAGUUCGUCCGCUCCGCCCCAAACAGUGUCACACGACUCGUCGCAAAUGGCGGAUUGGGAUUGGCGUGAGAUUAACGACGAGACGCUGGCACAGCUUUGUGUCUUCCACGUUCCCGACAAGCCGGUUCAGCAUCAGGAUGCGAAGAAUCGUGCGAUCACCUCGCUACCUCUCAAUCUCACCAUCCGUCCAUCGACUGAAGAUCCAUCGCGAAUGGGCGUGUGGUCAGUCGACUACAUACCGAGGGGAGUCCGAUUCGGACCUCUGCUCGGCGAGGUGCAGCAGAUGAACGGGGCCGACUGCGCGCUCAUCUGUCCGGCGGAAGCCGCAGGUGCCGGCGGACCAUCGGCGUCGGGCCGUACCCGUUCCGCAUCGCCGCCGCUCACCGCCGCGCCCAAAAAGUGGAAGGUAACGUCGCCUUCUGGGGGACGGGCGUUGAAGACGAUCAUUGUGGAAGAUGACAGUCGGUGCAACUGGAUGAAAUUCGUGAACGUCGCCAUGACGAACGAGUCACAGAAUCUGGUCGCCUGUCAGAUAGAAAAGGACAUCUACUUCUACUCGAUUCGCUCAAUCAAGCCAAACAGCGAGCUGACGUUUUGGUUCAGUAAGGACUACUCGCAGAAAAUCAACUAUCCGGUUUCAUGCGAAAUAGCGCGAAUGGGUAAGGGAGGAGAAACAGGCUACGACGCCUGUUUUUUUCCUAUCCACUGGUAA